AUGGAAUUGCAACAGAGCCGCUUGAAAUUGGAAGUACCUGUGGUCGGCAAUACUUUGAAUAGUCCUCCUAGUUAUGCACAACUACAACACAGAUGUCUCAGUGAGAGCCUAAGAAGAUUCGAAAUCACAUUUGAGGAUGUUGUUCAAACAGCACUUGAAGAACCUGGAUGUGAAAGAUUCGUUAUAUAUAAUUAUAAAGUAGGCAUGGUAAUCGGUCGUUGGAACGGCUCUAUUACCAUAGUUCGGUUCCGAGAGCAGUUAUACAGAGGACGGCGUGGACAGAUGUUAUGUCAAAUCCGCUUGCAAUACGCCGCCGUUCCUGCUUUGAUGUCAUCACGACGAGCUCGUGACGUAGUGCUCGGUUUGUACACCGCGCUACCGGGCAACCCGGAAGAAACGUUGGCUCAAAAGGAUAUUGUUGAUCGUACUGCACAGAAGGCAUAUUCUUGCGAUCGUUGUUCCUACAGCUAUAUUUCAACCGAAACGGCCUCUACCACUGUCAACACUCAGCGGUAUGAUGGAUUGAUAAUCAACGAAAAGCAAUCAAACUCAGUGAUCUGCCACGACCGACUUUCUAUUAACCUCGGUAUUGAUCAAGUGAUUUUCUUCGUAUUUUUGUUGAGCAAACGCGAGGUGUUACUAUUCUUUGUUCACGAUUAA